AUGCCCGAUUUUAGCACCCAGGUGUAUUGGCACGACCUCCCCGCCUGUCCGCCGCCGUGGAAGGACGAGGCGGAACACGCACGCAUGUGGCGCAUUAGUCGAGGCGUUGAGGGGAACAUUAGCGACCACCACCACCACCUGUUGGUGCUGCCGCGGGCAGAGCUUUUAGAGCGGCGGCGGGCGGAGCGUGCUCCCCGAAAGCGAGUGAACCGUCACUGGGGCAUCGUGCUCGAGCCGUAUCUUUCUCCGCUGCACGGACUCAACAUGGUGAUGAGCGAGCUGCAGGUGCCCCCUGUCACCACGGAGGAGGCGCGGGAGGCCGUGAAGGUUGUGCGCGAGGAGUACGACGCGAUGACGCAGCACGGCACACAGUCGCGAACACUCUCACAGGGAGGUGUAAAGAUUGAGACGCUCACGCAACAGAGCACCGCCGCGGCAAUGGAUCUCCGCGAGGCCCCGCUACUUGAAGUGGUAAAAAUAUUAUGUGCUUCACGUCGACUUGAGGUGACGACGUUCAGUAAGGCGGAGCUUCGACGCAAGGGCCGUCUCGGGGUGGCAGAUGUGUUGCCGCGGAGGCGUGUCAUCAUGGCCUUUGACCGCAGCAAACCGCUAUUUGUCUUUGCAACUGCCGUGGUCGCGAAGAAGCGAAACGCGGCCACAGCGACGGCAUGUUUUCUGCAACUUGUCGCGCCAACCUCAAAUCCCGUUCCGUGGCGUCGGCUCCAGAAGGGAGUGAUGCCGCAUCUUCCACCCAACGAGUGCGUGGCGGUGGCAGUCCAGCGGCAUCCCGACGACGACGAGGAGGACGGCGACGAUGACGGCAACCACAGCAGCGGUGCAUGCGGGCGGAAUGAACUUUUGCUGGGCGGCGAUGAAACUGACGCCGACGAUGUUGGAAGGGCGGGGGUCGUUCAGCCGCGACAGCAACUAAAAGAGGAGGGGAAGGGGGACGGCAACGACGAAACCCAGCAGCGACGGAAGCGGUCGCGUGAGAACGGCGACGUCUCAGACGCGGGCGACGAGAGUGACGUCAGCGGUGACACCGCCUCUUCCCCCGGUGGGACGAGGCGAGGCGGCGUAAGUUUCUCGGGCCGGAUCCCAUCUUCACCGCGGAGGACAAGUUGUGCGAUGACCCGCUUUUUGAGACGCCUGUUGCGGUGCUUCGGAAGGCCGCGCGGAGAACGCAGGGAGUGCACGACUGGAUCCAACGCCUGGUCCGAGUAG